AUGCCCUGGACUUGGUUUCUUUCGCUCGAAAUGCAAUUCUUCAUUGUUGCUUGCUUGGUUUUACUUCUCGCAGAGAUCCACUCAGUCUAUGCGAUAAUUAUUGGAAUAGCCACGUUUGUCAUCUCCAUAUUAGCGUCCAUAGUAUGGGAAUCCAAUCCAAUCACCAACACUGAAUUCUCGCUAGACACUUAUAUGCAAAAUGAAUUGGCCGACUUCCAUUUGGUUUUCGACAACAUCUGUCUGCGCAUUUCUCCAUAUGUAUUGGGCGUUUGUGUCGGGUAUAUCUUGCAGCGCACACAAUCUAAUAUGAAAACGCAUAUUCUGAUACAAAUUUGUGGAUGGCUGGCUUACUUGCUAAUGUUCGGCUUAUUUAUAUUCGGUUACCAAUAUGGCUACGAAAUGCUACUGCCCAAUAUAAAAGCUGGGCGUUGGUGUCAGGCGAUACUCUUCACCAUUUCGCACGCGAUGUGGUCUCUGAUGCUGCUCUGGACUACUCUCACAGUUGAAACUCAUCAAACUUGGAAACCGCUGAACUUUUUGCUUGACGGGAGAUAUCUGCAUGCCUUGGAGCGUCUGUCACCGGUCAGUCUUCUUGGGGCUCCUCUCAUAAUCCGACUGCUCGUGUUCACAGGAGACACACCCAUUUACAACUCGAUAGGACAAACAUUUUCCAUAUUUAUCGGAUGUUUGCUAGUGACGUAUCUCAGCGCGCUUUUGCUUCACUUUUUAUUCGAUGGACCACUUUGUGCCAUUCUCCAGGAGACUAUACUUAAAUAGCAAGAAAGGAGAGCACACUUACAUAUGUACAGAUACAGAUAUAAAUUAAUUACAUG